UUGCAAAGUUGAAAGCACCAGAAGACUUACUUAGUUGGGAGGAUGCAAGCAAGAUGAAAUAUUCAUGGAGUUUCGUAUGUGAAGUAUUGAGGCUCAUGCCACCCAGUCUUGGCGCUUUUAGGGAAGCAAUUACCGACUUCAACUAUGGCGGUUAUUUUAUUCCCAAGGGUUGGAAGUUACACUGGAUGGCACACAUUACCCAUAAGAACCCGGAUCACUUUCCAGACCCGGAGAAGUUUGACCCGUCGAGAUUUGAAGGAGAUGGACCAGCACCUUACACUUAUGUCCCUUUUGGGGCAGGACCUAGGAUGUGUCCGGGGAACGAGUAUGCAAGGCUUGUCUUGCUUGUGUUCAUCCACCGCAUGGUCAUAAAUUUCAGUUGGGAGAAAUUGAUUUCAAAUGAGAAGAUUGUUAGUGAUCCAGUUCCGAGGUUUACAAAGGGAUUCCCAAUUCGCCUCCAUCCUAAAUAUCUUUGA